UGAAGUGAAGGUGAAGUAAACUCCCUGGAAACCCCUGAGCCUGAGCAGCAGGGGACGAGGAGAAGGGGGCCAGGGCCACCUGAGAGGGUAGAGGCUUCCUGCUUCAAAGGUAUCUGAGAUGAAUCCCACCAGCCAAUUCCUUGGCACGACAGAAUAUGACUAUGGAUACGAUGAAAACACUGCUCCGUGUAACGAAGGAAACAACUUUGGCAGGUUUAAAUCCCUAUUUCUGCCAAUUCUUUACUGCCUUGUGUUUGUCUUCUGCCUUGUGGGAAACUCCUUGGUCCUCUGGGUUCUCCUGACCAGGAAAAGGCUGACAACAAUGACUGACAUCUGCCUGCUGAACCUUGCAGCCUCUGAUCUCCUCUUCGUUUUGCCCCUCCCUUUCCAAGCCCACUAUGCUUCAGACCAGUGGGUUUUUGGCAAUGCCAUGUGUAAGAUAAUGGCUGGUAUUUACUACACAGGUUUUUAUAGCAGUAUUUUCUUUAUAACCCUCAUGAGCAUAGACAGGUACAUAGCAAUUGUCCAUGCUGUCUAUGCCAUGAGGAUACGGACAGCCACUUGUGGCAUAAUUAUCAGCUUGAUCCUGUGGCUGGUGGCUGGCUUGGCCUCUGUACCCAAUAUCAUGUUCAGCCAGGAGAUGGAGAUCGAACAGGCUUUGCAGUGUGUCCCCACAUACCCCCCAGGUGACAAUACCUGGAAGGUUGCUUUCCAGUUUGCAGCCAAUGUCUUGGGCCUCUUGAUUCCCUUUAGCAUCCUCGUUUGCUGCUACACUCAGAUACUAAAAAACCUGCAAAAAUGCAAAAACCGGAACAAGGUCAAGGCAAUCAAGAUGAUCUUCAUCAUCGUCAUAGUUUUCUUCCUUUUCUGGACUCCUUUCAACAUCGCGCUGUUCCUCGACUCCCUGCAGAGCCUGCACAUCAUCAAUGACUGCAAGGCCAGCUCCCAGAUAGCACUGGCCCUGCAGGUGACAGAAACCAUCUCCUUCAUCCACUGCUGCCUGAACCCCAUCAUCUACGCCUUCGCUGGCGUGACCUUCAAGGCCCAUCUUAAAGGACUCCUUCAGUCCUGUGGUCGUGCCCUCUCCAGCCCUGCCAGAGGUGCCGGCACGGGACAGUCAUUUUCAGCACCCACCCAGCUCUCUGGCUGGUCUGACAGUGCAGGGGUCCUGUGAGCACACCUGAGCCACCUUCUGCUGGUGUGAGGGGCUGGCCAAAGGUCUGCUGUGGGCCUGGAGGUUGUACCAUGUGUGCAGCAUCCCCUGGGAGGUGCAGUAUGCCUGUGUCUCCUGAUGGGAUACGCUGUGAACUGCCACAUAAGAACUUGUGACAUUGAUUUCCCAAGAGAACCAGAGCAUUUGUAAAAUGGUGGCCAUACAUUGCCACAGAAUAAUUUUCAAUUAAGUUUUAGAGAUCUUUUAAUACACUUCAGUAAGCAGGCUGCUUCCUCUAAUAUCUAUUUUCUCCUCUGACAAAAUUGUCGCUUCUGCCUCAGCCCCAAGUAUGCUCUGCCCUGUGGAAGCUAAAUCCCUGGGACAAGUGUGUGACACCCCUCUGGAAAGUGGGGAAGUGGACAGGCAUGGGAUUGCUUCCUAUUGCAAAGAGGGAAUCACCUCAGAC